CUUGUACCCGGUCUGAGUAGUCAUUUUCUGCUGGUUGCAAUCGCAGUCGCAGCCGCAGCACAGUGCACCUACACAAGGCCCGAAUCGUCGCAUCGUUCUCUCGUCCAUCUCUCUAAAGGCUGAGUGAGUGCCUCAUUAUUGGCUAUAUAUCUGAUUUUUUUUAAGCAAAACUUCCAAGAAACUGUACGCUUUUCUGCUGGCUGAUGACGACGCUUAUUCUCGACACUUUGUGAGACGACGGACGACGGCCCGGCCGCACGGAAGGAGUGGCCGCGAGUGCGAGAGCUAGGCUCUAGCUAGGCUGCCCGCAGCCAUGGCGCGUCUCAGCUGCCUCCUCCUGAUCGCUCUCUUCGUCUCCUCCGUCGCCGGGCUCAGGCGGAGCGAGUUCCCGCCGUCCUUCCUCUUCGGCGCCGGCACCUCGUCGUACCAGAUCGAAGGCGCCUAUCUAGAGGACAACAAGGGCCCGAGCAAUUGGGAUGUCUUCACUCAUAUUCAAGGAAAGAUUGUGGAUGGAAGCAAUGGCGAUGUGGCUGUUGACCAUUACCAUCGAUACUUGGUGGACACGGAGAUGAUGCAUUCACUGGGCCUCGACUCCUAUAGAUUCUCAUUGUCCUGGUCGAGAAUACUUCCAAAGGGUCGCUUUGGAGGUGUUAAUCCAGCAGGCAUCAAGUUCUACAAUAACCUGAUCAACAGUCUGCUACAAAAAGGAAUACAGCCAUUUGUGACCAUCAACCAUUUUGACGUACCCAGGGAACUCGAAGAAAGAUAUGGCUCCUGGCUGAGCCCUGAAAUGCAGGAGGACUUCACCUACUUCGCCGACCUUUGCUUCAAGAUGUUUGGUGACCGAGUAAAGCACUGGACUACGUUCAAUGAGCCAAAUCUUAUGGUGAAGCUUGGAUACUUCAGUGGCAAAUACCCACCCAAUCACUGUUCCAAGCCAUUUGGGAAAUGCGCUUCUGGGAAUUCAUCAACUGAGCCCUACAUUGCAGCACAUAACAUCAUAUUAGCACAUGCAAAGACGGUCAAUAUCUACAGAAAGAAUUACCAGGCCAAGCAAGGUGGCUCUGUUGGAAUAACAAUAUAUAUGAGAUGGUACGAACCUCUAAGGAAUAUCACAGAGGACCACAUAGCAGUAAGCCGAGCUCAGUCAUUCGAAGCUCCAUGGUUCCUCGACCCCUUGUUCUUUGGUGAUUAUCCUCAUGACAUGCACCAAAUCUUAGGCUCAAACUUACCAAAAUUCACAGAAGGAGAGAAGCAGCUACUGAAAAAACAAAUUGACUUUGUCGGAAUAAAUCACUAUAAAACAUUAUAUGUCAAGGAUUGCAUAUUUUCUCCAUGUGAUUUGGACAACUACAUUGGUGAUGCUUUAGUUUCUGAAUCAGCUGAACGAAAUGGGAUACCCAUUGGAAAACCGACACCAGUUGAAAACAACUAUGUGGUUCCAAGCUCUAUGGAGAAGUUGGUCAUGUAUUUAAAUCAGAGAUAUCAAAACAUACCUUUGUACAUCACAGAGAAUGGUUACGCCCAAAUAGGCAAUAGCAGCACCACAGUGGAAGAAUUAUUUAAUGACACUGAAAGGAAAGGAGCAAAUGUUAAAGGUUAUUUUGUGUGGUCUUUGAUGGACAACUUCGAAUGGCUCUCUGGUUACACCAUAAAGUAUGGUCUUUGUCAUGUGAACUUCAGGUCACUAAAACGAACGCCAAGAUUGUCUGCUAGAUGGUACAGCAAGUUUAUCAAGGGUUCCGAACAGAUAGAAAUGGCCUCUGAAGAAUCCCCUAAGCAUGUAGCUUCCUAGCACGGAAAUACAGAAUUCCCAAUGUCCAUGCUUGUACAGUAGUUACACAGGAAAUUACUUUGAUAAAUUUCCUCAUUCCCAUGUAUGCUCUUGCCCAAAACUCAGCUAUUUUUUUAUCAAAUAUGCCUCUAGAAGGAGUUUACUAAUAAGAAGCAGAAUACAUAUUUUGACUAUCCUCCUUUCCAGUUCAGAAGGCCCACAACGUAUGACUGCUGAAAUAGCAAUUAUUUGAGGAUGAUAACAAGAUAAUUGCAUUUCUAUGACACAGUUACCUGCAGUUUGUCUA